CAGACCUGUAGUAACUUCCCUGCUUCGGGAACAGACACCACCAGGACAAGAAAUAUUAAGACGAUUAGUAAUGUGGGCUUGGGCUCUUCUUCCCAUUUGUCUGACUGUAUGGGCCACUGGAGGAAUAUGGAUAGUGUAUGCCAUGUCAGUGAGCAAUGGUUCUGUCAAUCUCUCAGAUGGUUUUCCCUAUAUCAGUGUAUCUGGCACAUACCCUCCGCAGAGCUGCGUUUUUGGACAAGUUCUUAAUGUUGGAGCAAUGCUAGCCGUCUGGAUCUCUGUUAUACGGUUUCAGCAAAUUAGAGAUUACAAUUGCCACUCUGUCCUUAAUUCUGUGAGUUUGGCAACGGGAAUCCUAUGUGCCUUGGGUACGUCCAUAGUCGGGAAUUUCCAGCAAUCGAAUCAGCUGCAGACACACUUAGCUGGAGCUUUUUUGGCCUUCAUUAUUGGCAACGUCUACUUCUGGAUGCAGACAGCUUUAACGUACAUGGUGAAGCCGAAGCAUGGCGGAUGUUACAUUGGACCAAUCCGAUUUUGCCUCAGCAUUGCUUGCACAGCAUUAAUCGUUGCGAUGGCUGUGUUCCUCAAGAUGAACAUGAAAUCAGUAUCUGCUAUAUGUGAAUGGAUUGUGGCGAUGAUUUUAUUCCUCCUUUACGGAUUGUUCGCCGUGGACUUUUGGCAUCUUGACGGACACUAUUUCCACGUCAAGAAGAGGAGGACAGUUAUCCCAAAUGAAAUGGAGGUCUCCACGGUCACAUUAAGUAUUUAGCCAUCUGCGUCUUCUACUGUUGAACGGAUGGUCAGCACACCAACAGCAUUAAAGGGAAUUAAUAUUACAGGUUCAAGGGCCUGGCAAAUAGACUUUUAUAGAAGAAUCCAACCAUCAGAUGGCAGUGGCCCUAGGAAUCUAUUUGUAAAACAUCAUCAUUUUCAUACAGUUUGGCCCAUUUGACCCAUUAUUUGGAAAAAGUUGGACAUCAAUAGUCUUGAUAAAUUUUAAAGCAGAAACAAUGAUCAACCUCAACACUGUAUCACAUCAACACUCUAAUGACUGCUGUAGCUAGGGUUGUCAUCUGGCCGGUAAAAAUAAUGGAUGAUCUCAAUGUUAUUAAUAGGGAAAAAAGAUAAAUAUAUAGAAAGUCUAGCAUUUUGUUCCAGAAAAGGUGGCAACCUUGGCUGUAGGGCACCCAGUGAGACCUUGUUCAGUGCAAGUAUAUUGAUGGAGAUCUGGGAUAGCUUUUCAUUGUCCCAUGUGAGAAUGGUCCAAGUAUGACAUGUGGAAAGUACUAAACAUUGUUUUGGAAAAUAUAAAUAUAUUUUUCAGAUAAAAAGUGGUAUUGGUA